AUUGGUGCAUGCCUCAGCUUCACUCGCUCUCUCAAUCUUUCCCCUCCAAUUCCUGAGAUUUGUUCUCACUUUCUCAUCCAAGUAUGGCCUUCACUCCGAACCCAUAACGUUGACAUACACAGUUUCCAAUUUCCCAAAAUAAAAAAAAUGGAAUUGAUAACAUCAUGGAAUCUGACAGCCUCUGCGGUUUCAAUUCCUCCAAUGGUCGCCAUGAGUAGCUGCUUCUACAGGCCACCCCACCACAGGUUCUCCUUCACAUAUUGGACAUACGUCACAUACCCAUUUCCUAAUAUCCACAACAGGUCCCAUAUAGUCCUCUCCCGGAAGAGAAACCCAGAAGCCGAGCCAGUUCUCAAACCAUCCAUUGUUGAAGAAGUGUCAUUGGACGAUGAAGAGGACCAAGCUCACUUUGAUGACUUUGAAGAUGAGGCAGUAGGGGAUGGUGGUGAUGAUUAUUUUGAAGACGAGUCUGUGGCAGAUAAUGCUGAAGUCUAUGUCGGAGAUGGAGGUGGAGGAGGUGGUAUUUCCCUUGCUGGGACUUGGUGGGAUGAAGAAGCACUAAGAAUUGCUGAAGGGGUUCUGCUAUCCUUCGAUGAUGACUUGAAAAUAUAUGCCUUUAAAACAAUGUCAAACUACACCAUUCAAGUGCGCAUCGAGAAGCUCUCAAAUAAGUCUGGUUCCCCCAAUAUGGAAGAUAUUGAAGCUUUCUCUGCAACCUAUAGAGCACGUUUAGAUGAAGCAGAACUCAAUAAAUCUAUACCUGAGAAUGUCUCUUUGGAGGUGUCAUCUCCUGGUGUUGAAAGGGUAGUUCAGAUUCCAAAUGAGCUGGAUCGGUUCAAGGAUCGGCCUAUGUAUGUGAAAUAUGUCAAUGAGGUUGCAGCAACUGGUUCAUUGUCCGAAAAUGAUGGAGUCUUCCGGCUUGUUUCUUUUGACGUGGAAAGUAAAUGUUGCACUUGGGGUUUAGCGGACGUGAAGAUAAAUAGAGAAAAAGCGGGUAAAGGAAGACCACUUAACAAAAAGCAAAGGGAGUGGCGUUUGAACACACCAUUUGAUUCUUUAUGUUUAGUCCGGUUGUAUUCAGAUAUUUAAUUGUUUUGUUUUUUCUCUCUUCAAAUCAUUUACCUCUCCAGAAUACUCUACAAGUAUACAUAGAUAUAACAUUGUAGAUAAAUAAGUGUAUAUUGUUAAAAAAGUCUUCUUUCUCAA